AUGGAGUUAUUAACAGCAGAACCAUGUUUGCAAAAGGUUGAUUCACCUGUCAGUUUGGCUGAUGGUUGUCAGAGAGGCAGUCUAGAAAAUUGCUGUCCAGCAGAAAACAAAGGUGAUGACAGAGAGAAAUCUGAUGUCCAGGAAGUAAUAACAGUUCAGCGAACAGUGGAGAGCACAACCAUCUCUCUUCAGAAGUGUCUAUGGAAUCCCCACGAGUUGUCAGGAUGCAGUUCUAAUUCAGAUUCUGGAGAUGAAAGCUCUGAAACACAGAUGUCUAAAUUCUGUGAACCUUCCCCAAGACCACCAAAAGACUCUUCCGACUUGGAUUGUUCUGAAGACAAGGAUAUAAAUGCUCAGAUUCAAGCAGCUAUAAAGAAAAUGAAUAAACUCGACACCAUGCUUGAAAAACAGUGUUUUAAGGAAAAAGUAGUUAAAAAGCAAGGCAGAGAAAUGAGGGCAAUGCUGUGGGAAGAACUUCAGUCUAUCAGAACCAUGGGAAUCCACAAGGAGGUGGAAAAUGCAAACCAGUUUUUAGCUUUGCUCUCAUCGUGGCAUGAUACACCUGAUCCCUCCCAUGCUAAAGAAGAUGAAACACGUACUUCAGUAUUUCACACACGCACAAAUCCUGAAGAUUAUGAUUACCAUAAAGCCCAAGAAAACCAGAAUUAUCCAAAUGAAUUAGAAACAGAAAAAACACCAGAGAAAAUGCGUAGCAAAAAUAAAACCAGCCAGCAUUUCAUUAAAAAGAACAUUGAGCUAGCAAAGGAUUCAGGAAACCAAUUUGUUCUGCUUGAGGGAGAAAGGAAAAGGCUAAUUGAACUAUUGAAAGAUACAGAGGAUGGAACUGAAAAGCAAGAUCUUGAGGAGAAUAUAUCUGUCUGGCAGGCACCAGGAGAAGGAUACACACCUGAACCAAUGGAAUUUCAUCUCCUAAAUGAGAUAGACAAUAAGCUUCAACUACUACUGUCUGAUGGGGAAUUUCCUGUUCUUUCCAGAUCUAGCUCAAAAUGCCCAAGUCAGAUAUAUCAGGAGUCUCUGGUUUAUGCAAGCAGAAGCCUAGAAACAGUUCCAGGUGAAAAGGCUCUGCGAGACAGUAAGGAAAAACGUGAUCAACAGAACCGUCUGAAAGAAAUAGAUUUUCAGCUGGAAUCCCUAGAGAAAAGUCUUACUGAAGAACAAAUGAGCCUCUCUGAAGAGCAGCUUAAGACCCUUCUGGAAGAAUGUAUGCAGCCUCAGAGAACAAUAAGUAACGUUACCAUGCCACAGUCUCAGGAAUCUCUUUCUUUUGGAUUAAGUCCCCCUUGUUACACAAGUCAAGACUCCACUCUUCACUCCGCAUCUAGUCUUUCCAAAAUGUUAGUUGAAGACCAUAUUGUAGGGAUGUUAAUGGCUCAGGAAAAGGCUGGACUUGAAGACAAAAGCUUGUGUGUUAAUGCAGAGAGCAAAAUCCCUGGCUACUAUAUCAGCAAGGCAUUGGCUGGUAGUCACUUAUCAAAGGAUUCACUGGCCCAAACACAGGAACCUGAUGACCUAGAAGGUUUACAGAAGAUGGAAGAUAAGAGUAUUACUGAAGGUUACUUUAUGUCAAGAGCACUCAACACAAAAAGAUUGAAGAAACCUUCUUUCUUGGGUGAACCAUUAUAUUGCAUCAGCAUGAACAAUGAGCCAUCUACAGAGGCUGACAUUCUCAGCAUACCACUGCAAACCAAAGGAGAUUUUUAG